AUGGCUUACGUUCUAACUGAAACCUCUGCUGGUUACGCUCUCUUGAAGGCUUCUGAUAAGAAGAUUUACAAGUCUACCAAGUUGAUCCAGGACUUGGAUUCAUCUGACAAAGUCUUGAAAGAAUUCAAGAUUGCUGCUUUUUCCAAGUUCAACUCGGCCGCCAAUGCUUUAGAAGAAGCCUCCGCUAUCAUUGAAGGUAAAGUCUCUCCUCAAUUGCAAAAUUUGUUGGAAGACAUUAAGAAGGACAAGAAAUCCACUUUGAUCGUUAGUGAGACCAAAUUGGCCAAUGCUAUCAAUAAGUUGGGUUUGAACUUCAACGUCAUUUCCGAUGCAGUUACUUUGGAUAUCUACAGAGCCGUUAAGGAAUACUUACCAGAUUUGUUGCCUGGUUUGACCGAUGGUGAUUUGAGUAAGAUGUCUCUAGGUUUGGCACAUUCCAUUGGCCGUCAUAAAUUGAAGUUCUCUGCAGACAAAGUUGAUGUUAUGAUUAUCCAGGCCAUCGCUUUGCUAGACGAUUUGGACAAGGAACUUAACACUUAUGCUAUGAGAUGUAAGGAAUGGUACGGUUGGCAUUUCCCAGAGUUGGCCAAGAUUGUGACCGACUCUGUUGCUUAUGCUAGAAUUAUUUUGUCCAUUGGUGUCAGAUCUAAGGCUUCCGAAACCGAUAUGAGCUCUAUUCUACCAGAAGAAAUUGAAGAACGUGUAAAGACUGCAGCUGAAGUUUCCAUGGGUACUGAAAUUACUCAAGUUGAUUUGGACAACAUCAAGUGUUUGGCAGAACAAAUCGUUGAUUUUGCUUCUUACAGAGAACAACUAUCCAACUAUCUAUCUGCCAGAAUGAAGGCCAUUGCACCAAAUUUGACUCAAUUGGUCGGUGAAUUGGUCGGUGCCAGAUUGAUUGCUCAUUCUGGUUCCUUGAUAUCUUUGGCCAAGUCUCCUGCCUCCACCAUUCAAAUCUUGGGUGCAGAGAAGGCUUUGUUCAGAGCUCUAAAGACUAAGCACGAUACUCCAAAAUACGGUUUGCUUUACCACGCUUCUUUGGUCGGCCAAGCUACCGGUAAGAACAAGGGUAAGAUUGCCAGAGUUUUGGCCGCCAAGGCUGCCGUCUCUCUACGUUAUGACGCCCUAGCCGAAGACAGAGACGACUCUGGUGACAUUGGUCUAGACUCUAGAGCUAAGGUCGAAAACAGACUAUCACAAUUGGAGGGUAGAGAUUUAAGGACAACGCCAAAGGUUGUGCGUGACGCCAAGAAGGUGGAAAUCACCGAAGCUAGAGCUUACAAUGCUGAUGCUGAUGCUGCGCCAGUGGAAGAAGCUGAUUCAGAUGAUGAAGAAGAGGAAGAGGAAGAGGACGAGAAAAAGGCUAAGAAGGAGAAGAAGAAGGAAAAGAAGGACAAGAAGAGAAAGAGAGAAGACGAAGACAGCAAAGAGUCCAAGAAGUCUAAGAAGGACAAGAAGGAGAAGAAGGAUAAAAAGGAGAAGAAAGACAAAAAGUCCAAGAAGGAGAAGAAAUAA